AUGUCCUCCAGCUUCGGCUUCGAUACCGAGGUCACCUUACCGCCGGUGUCUCCUGGCAUCAAUGGCACUGCCUUCAGGUCCCUUCGCCUUGCGGACAAGCGCUCGGCCUCGGAAGGGCAGCUACGAGAUCUGGUCCAACGCCUCAAGUCAGUACCUCGUGGCAACCAGGCGGACGAGGAGCCGCGUUCGCCGCAUGUCACAUUGACAUAA